AUGGACAAUGCAGACUCUCAGCAGGACCUCUCGAUGGCCGAGAUGUGGCAAGAGGCUGCAGUCAGGUUCAAGGAACGGACCGGGACGACGUUAAGCCUGAAGCCUGCAAAAACGCUGGACGAUUGUAUUGCAGAGAUCGAGAAGCGCCAGCUGCCGGCGCCGUCGUUGUCGACAGAGACGGUAUCGACAAGAGACAAGGCCAAGCAGUAUGGAAUCAACAUUCUGCGGUGUCUGAAACUGCUGGGCGGAGUGGCUGCAGAAGGGGCAGAGAUGGUAUUUGCGCCGUCGAGCCUCUGCUUCAAUGCGCUGUCGCUUCUUCUGGACGUGCCAGAGAACAUCCAGGACUUCCACAGUGCGGUGGACGGCCUGUUCGAGACGCUUGGUCCAAGUCUCGGCGUCUUCAGGAUAUACGAGAGGAUCGAACAGUUCAAGAACAUCGAGCCUGAGCUGAAGCAGGCCAUCCAGCGGGUGAUGAUCAGCUUCAUUGACAUAUGCGCGCUCUACAUCAAGCUGCGUAACUCGGGGAGGUGGCGCAAGUUCAAGGCCGCGACGAAGCUCAUCCUCCUAGACGACGACUCCGGCGUCAAGAGUGAGGUUGAGCACUUCAAGACGCUGACAGCAGCACAUGGUUCGGUGCAGGCAACGCAAACGCUCAAGACGGUGCUAGAGAGCAAUAGCAGCCUCACGGCCUUUCUGACGGAAGCAUCCGAGACGGGCAGACGUAUAGAAGAGAUGGCCGUCUACGUGAUCGGUCUUCGGGACGCAGACGACAAGCGGAAGUCGGAGGAGACAAGGCGGAAGCACCUGGUCAACAUACGAGACAAGCUUGGCAUACAGGAAAAGGCACUGAAGGCGUCGAAGGAGGCCUACGACGAGCUCUGGCAUAUCUGUGUCCCUGGCACGGGCAGCUGGAUGGUGAAUGCGGACGGAAAUCCGGCAUUUCGCGAGUGGGCCGAGCGAAACAAUGCAGAGGCGAAGCCGAUGUUCCUGCUGAACGGCGAUCCCAACACGGGCAAGUCGGUCGUCAUGUCGUCCAUCAGCCACCACCUGCGAUCGAUCUACGAGGCGCCGGACAGACAAUCGCCUCGAACCCUGGUCGCAUCCUACUUCUUCCCCAGCUUCACGGGCAAGAGUGACGAGGACCGGCGACCGGUAGAGACGGCGCUGAAGUGCAUCGCGAUGCAGCUGGCCGAGCAGGACGGUGUCUGUGCCAGGAAGAUGUCGCAGGCGUGUGACGGCCGGACCGAUGCCGAGACGUUCUUCCAUGACGCCACCUGUGAGGGCCUCUGGGACCUGAUCAGCGCGUGCGUGCCGAGGGCCAAGACGACGGCACACUUUCUGCUUUUAGACGGACUAGGCUCGUUGCCGAGUGGACAGCGGGCCACGAUGGAGAUGCUGUUUGCCAUCUUGGACCGGCUGGAUUCAGAACAAUCACCCAUACGAGUGCUCCUGUCAGUCAGGCCGGACAGUCUUGCGACCAUGGGUGCGUGCAAAUGGCCAAAGAUCGACAUGGAGAAGCACAAUGCCGAGGACAUUCGCAGGUACAUCGACCACGAGCUCAAGGCCAAGGACAUGUUCCAGGACGCCGACGACAGCUCGGUCAGGAUUGGGACGCGGAUCCGAGACCGGCUGGCCAACGAGGUGGGUGGCAGCUACUACAAGGUGACGUCUGCCAUUGGCAAGAUCGAGGAGGUGGUGCUCAACGACGGCGAGGAGACUGAUGUGGACCGGGUGCUCGACGAGUCGAGCAAGGAUGAGAGGGCCAUCUCGCAGACGGUCAUCCGCACGCUGGAAGAGACGCUGCAGGCGCGCGAGAUCGCCGAGCUCAACGAGCUUCUCGUCUGGGUCAUCUUUGGCUUCUGCACAUUCCAUCUCGACCUGUUGGAUGCCGCGCUGUCUCUCCGGUUCAAGACACGGACCCUGCUCAAGCUGACGAACAAGUUGAAGGGAAAAUACGGCAAGAUCUUCCACGUGCUGUCCGACGGUUACGUCGACAUUGCCGAAGACAUGGAGGCCAACCUGCAGAAGGAGAGGACGCAGUCACGGGUGGUGGAUGAGGCGCCCACGUUCUCGGCCACCAUCACCAUCGCCAAGGCUGACCUCACAAGUGUGCAGUCGUUUCUCUGGAGCUUCAUGCAAAAGGCCAACCAGGACACCUUGGGCUUCCAGCAGCUGACCGACCAGACCGGUAUCAAGGGCACCAUCGGGGUCAACCGCUUCGACGCCCACCUCAGCAUUGUCCAGCAGACAUUUUCCAUCCUGGCCGAGGCGCCGGACCUGAGGACACGGCCGCUGGCGUCAUACCUCCUCAACUAUCUGCCUCAGCACCUGGAGGUCCUGGAGGAGGCGACGGGCAUCGAUGCGCUGACGCCGGCGGAGAAGCAGAUGGUCGGCGAAGGUCUCUUCUCGCUCGUCGUAUCUGGCGAGGUCAUUGAGAGGCACUGGGGCAGCUGCGACGCUCUCGUUUGGUUCCGCGAAGAUGACGAGGUUCGGGUAUUUCGGCGCUGGCUCGCCGACCCGUCCGUCACCUCGCGCCUCGGCCGACUGGACCGCGAAUGGCUCAGGGAUGUCGAGGCCGACCAGAGACCAAACCGAGCACUUCUGGCGAAGCUGGCCAAGACGGUGGCACGACACUGGCUGCGAGACACCGACUGGGAGGUGCGCAUUUCGUACGAGUGGCUGCGCGGCCUUUUGAUGUUGUCGGGAGCACCGGAAAGCACCGAAAGGCCAAGUGACACGCCUGAUAGCUCAAAAAGUUCCGAGGCAGUCGCUGAGUCAGUCACCGAAAUAACGGUCGAGUCGGCUGCCGACUGGUGCCGACAAGUCCUUGUCGUUUCCGAGCUGGACUCUCUCUGGUACAGACGCCUUGGCGAGACGUUCUACGAGGUCCAAGGACCGGGACUAGCAGUCGAUGCAUUCCACUCAGCUCUCAGCCUCGGCGACGCGAGCGCGGAAGUUUACGAGGGAUUGGCAAAGGCGUUGGCAAUGCAGGGAAAACUGCCAGAGGCGUGUGACCGUGUAAAUGAGGCUUUGAAGCUGCUCGACGAAGACGAUGGGGUGAACAGGCCGAUUCUGAUCCGCAUCUAUACGCAUCUUUCGACGUGGUACACCUCGUUGAACGAGCCCAAGCGUGCGGCCGAGUACAUGAAAAAGGUGAUUGGUCUUUCUCCAGACGAUCACGCCUCAUGCUAUGCUCUCCUGAAGCUCCAUCUGAUGUCGGAUGACGGCAGUCAUGCAGCCGAGUUCCUGGAGGACCUGACCGGCGCCUCAGAUGUGCAAGAUGAGCCAGGCCGCUUUGGCAACAUUGUCAGCGACAUGUUUGGGGACUGGCAGCACGAGACGGUGCUUCCGAAGCUCUUCACGGCGAUUUCCGAGAACAGCAACCUGUUCGCGCGCAUUCUGCAAGAGCUGGACCGCGCCAUCGCCAGGGCACAAAAGGCCGAGGAUCUUCCGACCAUGGCCGAGAUGCUGCUCUACAAGGGCGCUGCGAUCUACCACUACAGCAACGACACGGCAUCGGCCACGUCAGCCAUUGCCUGCUGGAGCAAGUGCCUCGACGUCAAGAUCGACUCGGACUGGUCGUCCAACUACAGCACAGCCUCCCGACUGUUGAGUGCCUACCACUUUGACCGGGCGAGAGCGUCAGACGAGACGGCCGUGCGGCAGAAAGAUGUCGAGCGGCUGAAGCACCUGCAGACGGCCGAAACCCGCAGCAGGCUCUUUUCCAUGUCGGCAGCCAAGGCGUAUCUUGCGUCUUACUACACCAUCAACCGAGAGUGGACAAGCGCCCGAACUGUGGUCAAGGGAUGUCUCUAUUCUGCCUUUGACCUUCUCUCCGACGACACGGAAGAGAAUGACUCGGACGCCAUCUACAUGAUCGCCUGUAUCCUGAUGCACUGCGGCGACGAGCGCAAUGCCAUCUCGGCCUUCUCGAUGCUGCCUCCACGACCAGACAAGGGAAACGUCCUGGCCUGGCUGCUCGAUUUCGAAGAGGACCCGGCACGCGACGCAAGCCUUGGUCUGAUCAGGGCCAUAGAGGAGGAGGACAAUUCAUCAUCUCUGAACAAGCAGAUCGAUUUGGCUCUCGGCCUCGUGGGGAAGCGGAUUAGAGUAGGUGCAGACGCCACACUUGUCGGCGUGUACGAAGAAAUCCAGGCGAGACUGCGCCAGGUCACUGUGAGCAAAAAUCUCGGCAGUCUCGGCUAUUGGUGCGAUGGGCCAUGUGGCAGGAAAUGGGACUUUGAGAAUGCGAUGCACGCCUGCAAAUUCUGCUACGACCGCGGCUUCUGUGACCAAUGUCUCGAGAUGCUGCAGCAGGGACAGCUCAAGAGCCCGACCGUCUCCGGACUCGUGUGCAACAAGAGCCACGAAUGGCUUCUCCUGCCCAAGUGGGACAAGCAACGCACUCUAGAUGUGGUCAGCGGAAACACACGGACCGGCGGCCAGUUCGAAGGGGGAGUGUGUGUCGGCGGAGAGGCUGUGUCUACAAAGACCUGGCUGGCAGACCUGAAGCGCGAAUGGGGAUACGUAGAGAAUGACAAGUCCGUCGACGGACAGGAGGAUAUGGGUGGAGCCGACAAGUCGACAUGA